GUCGUCCUUUCUUUCCCCCCUCCAUCCUCUAUAUCGAAAAACACUCUCCUCGCGCUAUUCUCGCGUUUUCGAACCGUUUCUGUCACUCGUUCAUCUCUCGCAUUCCUUUCACUACCUUGUGUUGUCCAUGAUGACCUGUCAGACCAAGCAGCGGACUGUAGCCCCUAUCCAAGGCGAGUCCCCGCUCACGCCAGUUCCCCGCACGCCCGCCAGCCCGCCGGUCGAACGUUCACCGGUACUGGGACAAGGGUCGCGCACGGGACCACCUGAGGUUCCCCCUCCAGUGUCUGGAUCUGGGAGGCUCCCAAUCCCGAGCAAUUCUCCCGCUAGGCAGUCUUCCUCCAACGCUCCUCCCCAGACGCCUUUACCACCUGUACCUCAUAUUGUGGUCUCUCCUGUACGUCCAGCGCACAUCCGCCGUUUCUCUGAGUGCAGUGAACCCUCUCCCUCGCAUGGGCGUUCUCACAAACGUCCCGUUGCUGAUCACGACGCUGGCGUGUUGUCGCCUUUUCCCAUGUUGCAACCUCGCCUACCUGAGGCUCUCCCUUACGUUCCUCGCCCACCAGGAUUUCACAUGCCGCUCCCCGCCAGCACGCAUCCUGAUGAGGCCUCUUGGGAUUUUCCCUUUGAGGUUUGCGAUCGGGUGGCGAGACUGUCUCCGUCAUCCCGGGCCAGCUUCCUUGCAUGCCAUGCCCAACUGGUUAACAUGUACCCCUUACCGGCCGCUCAGGUGCAGCCUACACCACAUUAUUCCUUUGCUCCAACCGGUCCAGUGGCCGGUCCUUCAUCAGGCAUCAGUCUUGCCAUUGCGGCACAUGACUUUGGUGAUGGUUCUUCCCAGUUAGCAGCGAGCGAUGUUCCUUUCCCUCCAGGUGCCAUUCGCAUCAUGGAAGAGGGGUGGAAAGAGUAUCUUCCUCUCACUCUUAUCCUCACGGAGUACUCUCGUGGUAUGCAGUUUGCUCCGCGCCGAUCUGAGGCUACCCAGUUGCGCAACGGUGUUCUCGUUAACCGCGAUCUGGCCACUUUGGAGAACUCUGAGCAUUGGAUGGUCAUGACAGACUUCCUCGAUGCGGCUGAUCGUAUGCCGCGCCUCAUCCGCAUGCACUACUCUCCCCGGGGGGGUCGUGAAGUUUUGGCCUCUGCAUGGGCGGCCCAUUAUCACAAUGUGGUUCAUCACCCUGACUUUCGAACAUUUCCGGGUUUGCUCAUCCAGUACGAUAUGGACAUUCGGCGUCGGGCUGUUGCUCGUCAACGUUUCAAUCCUGGCACCUGGCAAUCUAGCAUCUAUGAUGCUGUCAAGUCCGAUUACCUCCUCUAUCGUCAAGACCGGUUUGAUCUACAGGGUUAUGUUUGGCGCACAUCCGGCCCUGCCAAUGCCCCUACUGCUCCCCCAAUGGUAUCGAGGUCGACUGCUCCUGUAGUGCCACCAGCUGCCUUUCAGGAUAACCGCACCACUUCCAAGGAUCGACCUGCACUUGAGGCACCCGCAUCGCGCUGCUUUCUUUGUGGCGGACGUUUCCACGUCAGCACGCAAUGCUCUACCUCGCCGCUACCCUACCUUCGCUCUGAGGGGUCUCUCAAGCUCACGCCGCAAGGUAUCAGCAUCUGCUAUAGUCACAACACCCGGGGUUGCCGUUCCCAAGCCUGUAACUUUGCGCACCUCUGCUCCCUGUGUGGUUCCAAGGACCAUGCAGCCCAGCGAUGCCGGGCGGUCUGACUCAGUUUGCCGAAUUGUGGCUCCUCUACGCUGGGAUGUUUGGAGGGAUGAGCUGCAGGUGGCUGGCUGCCUUGAUGAAUUUGCAGAUAUUUCUAUUGGUAUUCGUGAUGGUUUUCGCAUCAGUG